UAUCCGUGCACUGGAAUAGGGACUCCCACCAAGUGCUGCAACCAAACAGCCCUCUUCUUCUUCCAAAAAAAACGCAGCGAACGCACGACUCAAAUUCACAACCCAAAAUUGCAGCGCCACGGUCGUUUCCCACAGCUGCACACCGCCACGCCUCUCACCUCGCAGCCGGUAACCGGUGAUACAACACCCGCCGCGCCACCGGAGCAGCACCGGACGCCGUUCGGCCCGUCACCAGAACUCCCCCUGAGCAACAAUGCAACACCGCACUACUCAAUCACCGGAGUAGCGCCGCUCUCCAACCGCACACGUCUUCUGAGAUCCAUACACUCGAAGGGCAACCCAACCACCACACGCAGCACUACAGAGUGUAGAUGAUGUGUGGCGAUUCAAGGAAGAAGAACCCUAAUUGCUUAAGCCAUUCCUGGAGGCUGACCCCCUCGAAGCAACGUUUAGGUGGUGUGGAUUGUGGUGAAGUAUAAGUCAAUCAUAGAUGGGAGAUACUGAGGAUGGUGUAAAGCCAAAGAGAACAGUUUUCGUAACGGUAGGAACGACUUGUUUUGAUGCUCUUGUUAGAGCGGUGGAUACUUGGGAAGUUAAAGAUGAGUUGUUGAAAAGAGGGUAUACCCACCUUACCAUUCAAAUGGGUCGCGGAUCGGACACGCCCACGAAGUCUGGAGGUGAAGGUGGGUCCCUGGCUGUAGACUUCUUCACUUUCUCAUCAAGCAUUGCGGAUCAUCUGAGAGCAGCAUCUCUAGUGAUCAGUCAUGCAGGAAUUGAGUUUCAUUUGAAAGGUCACCAGUUCAAAUUCUUCUUAAGAAAGAUACCUGUCAUUUGGACAAUUUCAACUCCUUGGCCUUUUAAAACAGCUUCAAUAUCAUCAGGAUGGGGUGGAGGGUCCGGAAGCAUAUUUGAGACAUUGCGACUUGGCAAGCCUUUAAUUGUGGUGGUGAAUGAAGAUUUGAUGGACAAUCAUCAAAGUGAGUUAGCAGAAGAACUAGCAGAGAGGAAGCAUUUAUACUGUGCUCGUCCUCAAACACUUAAUCAGACCAUAGCGAGUAUGAAUUUGGAGUCUCUCCUUCCAUAUCAUCCAGGUGAUGCCACGCCAGUCGCUAAGCUUAUUAAUAGGUUUCUAGGUUUCCCGGAUGAUUGAUGAAACUGUAAAUCUCUACUUCUUCAAUAGAAUAAAUUACAGUAUAUACACUUGAGAGACUUUUUUGUGUUUCUAAAAUUGAGCUGUUCAGCCUUGUCUUAUUGUCCCAUAGAAAUUGAAUUUGUUCUUAGGUUUUUCCUAGAAUAUUUUGAGUUUUUGAAAUUGUGAAAUUUAUUGAAA